CUUCUAUACGUAUUUAAUGAUAGUGUACUUUGAAUUUUGAAUCUUUGAUUGGGUUUUGUCGACGUACACUGUAUACGAUAGUACAUACAUUACAGUAUUAGACUGUUAUUGUUGAUUAUGACAUUUUUGUGUUAGAAGAAAUCAUGAACCAUUCUACAUCAUCUAUGUUCGACCUUUUUAGGAAGGCAGCACUUUUAAUAUUCACUCCUGGAUGUUUUGAUAAUUAUUUUAUUGAGUUCAAUUAUUUAGAUGGACCAUGUUUUAGUUCUACUUUAAGCAAAUGCCUGGGCUUAGGAAUAAUUUUGGGGUCUAUAACCGUGAAACUGCCUCAAAUUUUGAAAAUAAUCAAAAACAGAAGUGGUGAAGGCAUAAAUUUGUACAGUGUUUCUCUCGACUUGACGGCCAUCACAAUCUACAUGUCUUAUAGUUUUAUCAAAGGAUUUCCGUUCAGCUCUUGGGGAGAUGCAGGCUUCCUAGCAAUCCAGACAGUUGCAAUUGGAGUUUUAGUUUUACUUUAUGGAAAUUCAGUUGCUCUGUCAUUGUUAUACCUGACUGGAUACCUGAUUAUUUGCUUUACUAUGAUGUCUGGUCUCACACCUAUACAUAUUCUGUGGACUCUGCAGACAUGCAAUAUUCCAAUUGUUGUAGCCGGUAAACUUGUACAGGCAUGGACUAAUUACAAAAAUGGCCAUACAGGUCAGCUGUCUGGAAUUACCCUAUUUAUGUUAUUUGCUGGGUCGGCUGCUAGGAUAUUCACAUCAAUUCAAGAAACUGGUGACAGUGUGGUGAUUCUAACGUAUAUUGCGUCCACAUUGUCCAAUGGUGUCUUAGUUUUCCAAUUACUGUAUUACUGGAAUGCGGAUAUUAAGAAGAAGACUGAGUGAAAUGUACCUAGUGUACAUUCCAUUUUUAAUCGAGUAAUAAAUGGUAGAAACCAAGAAACCUCCAUGUUUUUGAUUUUUGCAAGAGGUUGGUCGAGCUGAUUUCAAAACCCUCAUACAAUCUUUAUACUUUCAUUCCACUAUUAUAUAAAAGUAAGUUAAAAUGUUUCUAGAUAUUACAAAAGUACUCAUUUGAAAAUGGAGAAUAUUUAAAAUAUUGCCUGUCUAUAAUCGAUUUUAAAUUCUUAGAAAUC